CUUCGCCGAACGCGCAUCGCGUCAUCCCAUCUCCAGAAAAGCCUUUGCAACCCACCAUUCUCUUCCUUGCAGCCCUCAAUUAUCUCGGAAAUGGCCGAGAACGAGCAUCUCGUCCAUUCGGACGACCCUGAACACCCCGCAAACCACAUCUGCACGUUAUGCGCCAAAUUCUACAAUCUGGGCUGGGUCACAGGCACAGGCGGCGGUACCUCCAUCCGACAUGGCGACCACAUCUACAUAGCGCCCUCGGGCGUGCAAAAGGAACUCAUGAAGCCGACGGACAUGUUUGUCAUGGACUUUGCCAGCAAGGAGUACAUCCGAAGACCUGAAACGCACAAACCGUCCGCCUGUACCCCGCUCUUCUACGCCGCCUUCCAGCGAGGCGCCGGCUGCUGCAUCCAUACGCACUCGCAAUGGGCGGUCCUCGUGACGUUGCUCGUCGAACGGGACUUUGGCAAAGACGCGUGCUUUGAGAUUGAGGAGAUUGAGCAGAUCAAGGGGAUUCCGAGGGGGAGGGGGAAGCAGGGGAAUCUGGGGUUCUAUGAGAGGUUGAGGAUUCCGAUUAUUGAGAAUACCGCGCAUGAGGAGGAUUUGACCGAGAGUUUGGAGGCGGCCAUGGAGAAGUACCCGGACACGUACGCCGUGUUGGUGAGGAGGCAUGGGAUCUACGUCUGGGGGGACAACGUGCACAAGGCAAAGACGCAGUGCGAGAGCAUCGACUAUAUCCUACAACUGGCCGUCGAGAUGCACAAGCUUGGUCUUCCGUGGACGAAGGCAAAGUAGAGAAGAUUUAGAUACCCCAACCAACUUCACCUCAAUGUACAGAUUCCAACUAUAUCAAUAUCUGGAAUUUCCCGCUUCAGUGAGCGGACGUAUACUCAAGGAUCACCGAAAGCGUGCAUGACAUAUCAGUGUUAUUGAGCCACGAGAGCCUGUGCAUCCCGAUGUACGCUACAUGAGAACGCUUGUCCACUGAGUACACCUCUCCAACCAGAAGACGUUACCAAGAAAAUUUUACUCAAUGCUGAUUCUACUGUAGCUCUAUUUGUGAUGAGGCGCUCACACCCCUCUUUCUUCCUGCUCCCCAUCCCC